AAGCGUUAAUAUUAGCUAGUCAGCUAACAGUUAGCUGCUCGUUUGGCUGCCUGCUAGCUAAAAGACGUUAACAGUUUAUUGCUGUGCUGUCGUUUAGUUUUCGUUUGGGACCUUAUUUAGUCGAAAUGUUGUCAUGUUAGCCAGCCAGGGGCAAGCUAAUUUUAGCGCCUGUCUGUCACCCUGUUGGCUGGCUGCUGCUUCAUGCUAACACCCUGACUGUCUGCUAACAUUAGCCGCCUUUAAAAUAUCUGGUGAUGUUAUCAGAGUCAAAUUAACAUCAACCCGGUCAGCCAGUUCACCAGACAGGAUUUACCGCUGUGUAAUGGCAGUUUUUCCUCGCUUUUUAUCGGCUCUAAAAGGAAACGACCUGAUGCAUGAUGUGAGGUAUGUAAAAUACCUCUUGACACCUGGAAGUGGCUGCUGAUAUGGUGGACCUGAGACAGGCCCUCAGGAGCCCCCAGUCUCACUUCUGUAUGAGAGCCUGGGGAAAAUAUUUGUUUGUGACUAUGGAUCUAGGACUUCAUCUUCCAUGAGAUUCCAGUUUCACAGCGCUUCAGUCAAACAGCUGUAAGGAACAUGGAGAGAGAAGAAGUUGACAAGGGGAUGGAUUGUGUCACAGACACUGACGAGGAGAUCCCUGAUGGUGAUUCCACCUCUGUGAACGAGUCUUGUCAGUGGGAGGCCAGACAGACUGGUGGUGCAUGUGAGCAGGAGGACAAAACAGCCUUUCUCAAAUCUCAGGACACCCCGACUCCAGCCACUCCACAAGACUCUGAAAUUGGUGAAGCAGAGUAUUGUGGAUCUACAGAGGCCAAAGAGGAUACUGAGGAGGCUUCAGAUGGGUUCGAGAAUGAUGACACAGCAGAUCAUGAAGACUCACAUGUUAUAAAUCAAGAAGAGGAUGAAGCUGCGAAGGAGCAGCACAUGAACGGAGAGUCUGGCUGGAGGAAGAGAUGCAGGUUCAGAAGCAGUGGAUCAGUUUCAGAGCAAAGUGCAUUUUCCUCCAUUCAAAAAGGCAAUGUUAUGUCAAGUGGUGGUCGGCACAAGCAGACCCGCAGACGUAACCACCACCACCAUCAGCAGAACCGAGGCCGCAGGCGGACAGGCAACCAGCUCGUCUUAGCGUUCAAAGAGAUGCUGUCAGAGUCAGUGAGCUUCUGGUGCAUCUCCUGCGUCCACAUGUUGAUUGAGAUUAUUGUCACAUUAACUCACAACUGCGGAGUUGGUGUGGAGACCGGAGGGAUGAAACUUUACAACUUUGGGCAGCAGCUCUUUGUAAAGAUCACAGAUACGGCAGGAAUGAAGGCAGACGCUAGUCGGAUCUUGAAAUGGACGAAAUGCACAGCAACAGACCUGGUGGAUAGAAUUGUAACGUCAGUAAAGUGGGUAAAGACAGCGGCCUUAUCUUGUUUGAGACUUUUCUGUGCUUUGGUUAUUCUUGGUUCCCAAUGGGCAAAAGGUGCGUUGGCUCGCCUUGGUGGAGAGAGGGGAAAACGAUAUUGGACAGCUUUUCAGGAGUCAAGGUUUUGGAAGAGGGUGGUGUCCCUGCUGGAGAGAGUCCGAAGCAGGUUCAGGAGGCACCGCUAUGUACCACCGUCCAGCCCUGACUCACCCGGCAGAGCAGGGAGAAGCCAGCCAGGCCAGGAGCUGGAGAGACUGCUAGCCUUGGCUGAGGUUCCGGAGGAGGAGCUCGACCCCUUUACAGUGCUCGGAGUGGAGGUGCACGCCACUGAGGCUGAACUCAAGAAGGCCUACAGACAGCUGGCUGUCCAGGUCCAUCCAGACAAGAAUAAACACCCACGAGCUGGAGAGGCGUUCAAAGUACUGAGGGCUGCCUGGGAUAUUGUCAGUAACCCAGAGACACGACGAGAGUAUGAGUUGAAGCGUAUGGCAGCAACCGAGCUCUCAAAGUCCAUGAACGAGUUCCUCACUAAACUGCAGGAUGACCUGAAGGAAGCCAUGAACACCAUGAUGUGCACCAAGUGUGAAGGCAAACACAAGCGGUUCGAGAUGGAUCGUGAACCUGCUGAGGCCCGGUUCUGUGCUGAAUGCAACCGGCACCAUAGCGCUGAGGAGGGUGACCUGUGGGCGGAGUCCAGCAUGCUGGGCCUACGCAUCACAUACUUUGCCUGUAUGGAUGGAAAGGUGUACGAUAUUACAGAGUGGGCAGGUUGCCAAAGAAUAGGCAUUUCUCCCGACACGCACCGUGUGCCCUAUCACAUCUCCUUUGGUUCAAAGAACAACAGCAACUCCACACGACACAGGACACCCUCAGAGCACGCCCCAGGUCCCACCAAUCCUGCAGAUUUACAGGACUUCUUUAACCGCAUCUUCAAGGGAGGACCUCCAAACGACAUGGCUGCCAACGGGGGCUUCUUCCCCUCAGGUCCAACCCCCCAUCACCCACCUGGUGCUGGAGCGCCCCCGUUCUCCCCGCCCCCGAGCCAGACGGGUUUCUACAUGCCGGGAGGCCAGCGUCCAGAGUCCAGCGAGACGUGGGCUGAAAGUGGCAAACCGCCCAGAAGGAGGAAGAAGGUCCGCAAACCCUUCCAGAGGUGAAGUCUGUUGACCUCUCAGUGUAUCAACAUAGCAACACAGGGACACAAUAAAUAAUGGCCAUGUUUGUCUCUCGCCUGCCUGUCGGCGUGCCAAGAUCUGAACUGGAGAUAGUUCACGUGGGCAAGGCUGCGGUCAGAUCAGCCAGAGGAAAGAAAGAGAGAGACUGGAUCGUGAAGACUGAACAAGUAUUGAAGGAGGGUUCAGGUGGUGGUGGUGACGGUGCUUUACCUCUCAUUUCACCUUAUUUUUUCGUUGGUCUUGAAGACGACUGUAGCCUUGGCAUUGAAAUCCGUAUCGGGAUGCUGUAAUGAAACGUUUUCCUUUUCAUAAUUUCCUGCCAAAUCCUGCAAUGCAUGAUUCAUUCACCUGCAUUUUAACACUUCGGUUUUCUCACUUUUGUUGUUAAUGUUUUGUAUAAGGUUAGUUCAAGAUAUUUGUUCCAGACAGUGAGAGUUAUUGAUCACUAUGAUUAACAUGAAGAAGAUGAUGAUGAUCCGGGCAGCUUCACUGUGUCAGUGGGUUACUUUUGUUAGAUCUGCACCUUGCCCGCCAUAUUUCAAGAACGAAUUGAAACCAGUUAAACCCAACACAUUGAAAUAAAUUUACAAAAAGUGCAGAAAAUUUUGAACACUUGUGCACAUUUGUAUUGAUGCUGUGAUGUGAAUCUCUGGUAGUGCGUCUAGAGAUAGAUUUCAGUAUUUCAUACCUCAGUUAAAGUCACAUGCAGCCAGCCUUUGGCAUUAGGGAUCCACGGAGGCAACUAGCAUUUAUUUUUCCUAGUUCCACUUCAAACGGGCAUAGUGUCAAUUAAACUGACAUGAUACAUAAUUAAUAUAACUUGAAUCUUUCUACAGUUUUGAAAUAACUCUCUAGAAGUUCAGUUUCGGCAGUGAUAAAAUACAGAACCUAAACAAAUCCAUUCAAAGUAUUACUAUACCAAGAUAUGGCCAGAAGAAGUUACACUAAUAUUGAUGCUGAUGUUUGUGUGGCGACUACCAGAGAAUCACAUCCUGCUUUUAUUAACCUCUCUGAGCCACAGAUGAGGGAGUGAAUAUGUAAAUUCUGGUCCCAGAAUAAGCAAAAAUGAUGUGAGAUUUUUUUUUUUUUGGGACAUUUAGUGACUCAAAUGCGCUAAAUCUGCCUGCUGUUUAUUGUUUCAGCGCUAGAUUGACAUAAUAAUUACAGCACAGCCCCAAAUCUAACAGGAAAAUGAGUUUAGUUGUGUGUCCUUAAACACUGAACUCCAGUUGAGCUGCUUUGAGAAGGUCUCAAAACCUUGACAUUUUGAAAUGUUGAUAUUUUUCUGCCAGGGAUUAAUUGCUCUUUUAAAAAACCACACAUAGAAUUGGUCUGCACUGCCCCCUGCUGGUUCACUGUGUAACUACAUGAAAUGAAAAAGUGUAUGGUCACAAUCAAACUGAUUUAAAAGCCAUUUUAGUCUUAAAUUACAUCAGUUGAUUAAAAAAUAAUAAUACAAAAAUAAGCUAAUUUACAAAUACUGAAGCGUAUGUGUAUGUAUGUGUACUGAGCUGUAUGUAAACUUACAAUGCUGUGAAAUGUAAGUUUUCCUACAAGCAUUGUCACUUUAAUUUGUCAAUUACUGACUUCACUGUAAGCCUUGAAUGAGACGACAGUUUAAAACAUAAUGCAUUUUACAAAAUGUUCAAUACGUUAAUUUCAUAUUUGCGUAGUACAUGCUGCUACUGAAAAAUACAUUUCCAUUCUUCAGUAAAAAAAUCUGCCGUAGAAAAAAAAAAAGUGAGAGUGUAAAGUUUAUAUUUUAUCUUCUCGUCUCUGUGGCUGAAGGAAUAAUCUGACUUUCAAAGUGUCAAGGUUCACAGAAAAUCUAAUCUAAAUCUAAACAACUGAUUUUUUUUGUGUGUGUUAUGUAACAUGAAAGAGUCAGAAAAAUUCUAAUUGGUUGUACUUUGGGUUUUGUUUCUUGAUAUGGUUCUGUCAUAGAAAUAAUUGAAUUGUCAUCAUAGGUUAAUUUAGGAAAACAGCUGUUAUUGUUUACACCUGAUAUGUGAAGGUUUUGAGAGUAUAGGGAAAUGGCAAUUCGGUUAGAUAAGGCAUUUGAUAAAGGCUAUUUUUUUAUACUGAUGAUGAAAAGUACCAUGUUCAAUGGUUUUUUUUUGUUAUAAUUUGCACACCCACCCCUGUAAUAACAUCAGAGGGAUUUUGAACAGUCAUCAGUGAUUUAGCCGAACCAGACUCCUCCAGCUGCAGCUGAGUAGGAGGUGUAGCUCGCUAAGCUAACAGCUCAUUUGCAAAUUAAGAUGUUUUUUUUUUCUUGUAGAAUCUGAAUGUUAAAUGAGCGACACAUUUUAAAAAACAACAACAUUUGAGUUGCUCGACCAUCACACUCAAGAGUCAGAACAGUUUUCUGGCAUCGUGAAGCAUAAUGUGGGUUUGUCUGGUAGCUUGAAAAGAUGAACCUUUGUUGAAAAUGUUGCUUAAGCUCGUUGACGCAGGUCAUUAUGUUUGCCAUCUUUUGUUUUUAUGUGUCAAAUAUAUUUUCUCUUGUACGCAUUUGACCAGUUUCCCAGACAUGGAUUGAGAAAUGGCACUUUUUAAAUGAAGCCAACGCAAGAUUUUGUGAAAAAUUAUUUGAUAGGAUAAAGGACCAGACAGUUCAGACAGAACUAUGAGGCCUUUAAUUAGUUUUUCCAAUUGGGCAAGGUUGAAUUCAGUGUGAUAAUCAGAAAUAAAUCAACAAAAAUGUGUUCAUUUGCUCCAGAUUUUUUCUCAACAACGUGCAAUUUUUCACCUUACAUACUCAUGUAGACCUUGAUUUUUUAGUUCCUUUACAUAUUUACAGAAAUAAAAAAACACUUCAAAUGAUAUUCGGUCCCUGUCUGGGAAACCCAGCUGAAACCAUGCUGAGCAGAGUGGGUUGUUUUCCACACGUCCACCUUGACUUGAGAAUGUACAGUGCUGUAUGUCAAAGGUAGCAGGUCGAAGUCCAAGAGGUCAAUGAAAGAGCCAACACUUCAGAUUUUGUUUUUUGUUUUGUUCUUUUCCAAGUUUAUAACAGAAUAUGCAGAAGUAUUGCAAAAAAUAUCUGACAAUCAUCAGGGUUUUUUUGUAGGGAAUUGUGAGGCGAGUUCCCUGGCUGGCAAACAGUUUUAAAAUAUCACUGUUGGGUUUCUUUCCCCCGCUUUCUCUGGUUUUUCAAAAUAAAGAGGAUUUCCUAUAUGCA